AUGGACAGAGCACAGAUCCUAGGCGCCGGCGAUGGCGCGCCGCCAGACGUCCCCAUGGUCGACACCCCCGACUACACCGACUCGGAAUCACAAGCCACCGGCACCCGCGCAAGCAGCGUGGCUCCCAACGGCGAAGCAUCAGCGGUAGAUGGCCGCAAGAAGCGAUGGGAGGGCAACCAGCUUCGGAAGAGCAUGUUUGGCAAGAAGCACGACCGCCUGGGCGACAGCAAGGAGGACGAUUCGAUCAAGCGUUUCCGCUACCUACUCGGCUUGACGGACCUCUUCCGCCACUUCAUUGACAGCAAUCCGGAUCCGAAGAUUCGUGGCAUUAUGGACGAGAUCGAUCGGCAGGAUCAGGCAGAAGAGGAGGGCAGGUCGGCCGGUAACAAGCGCAAGGGAGGUGCAGCAGGGCAGAGGAGGAGACGCACUGAGAAGGAAGAGGAUGCGGAGCUGCUGCGGCAGGGCAAGCAGGAUGGCAAGGCUGAGCACACCAUCUUCCGCGAGAGCCCGACGUUCAUUGAAGGCGGAGAGAUGAGGGAUUAUCAGGUCGCUGGUUUGAACUGGCUCAUCAGUCUGCACGAGAAUGGUAUUAGUGGUAUCCUCGCAGAUGAGAUGGGCCUGGGGAAGACGCUGCAGACCAUCGCGUUCCUGGGGUACUUGCGGUUUGUAGCGGGGAUCAGCGGACCUCAUCUCGUGGUUGUGCCCAAGUCGACGCUCGACAACUGGAAGCGCGAGUUCGGCCGCUGGAUCCCGGAGAUCAACGUGCUUGUUCUGCAAGGUGCGAAGGAGGAGCGCCACGAGCUCAUCAACGACCGCCUGAUCGAUGAGAAGUUUGACGUUUGCAUCACCUCCUACGAGAUGAUCCUGCGUGAAAAGUCACAUCUGAAGAAGUUUGCCUGGGAAUACAUCAUCAUCGACGAGGCUCACCGCAUCAAGAACGAGGAGUCUUCACUGGCACAGAUCAUCCGCAUCUUCAACUCCCGCAACCGGCUUCUGAUUACUGGCACACCUCUUCAGAACAACCUCCACGAGCUUUGGGCUCUGCUGAACUUCCUCCUACCAGAUGUCUUCGGCGAUUCGGAAGCCUUCGAUUCGUGGUUCAAGAAUCAGGAUGCGGACCAAGACACAGUUGUGCAGCAGCUUCACCGUGUGCUCCGUCCUUUCCUGCUCCGCCGUGUCAAGGCCGACGUCGAGAAGAGCUUGCUACCAAAGAAGGAAGUCAACUUGUACGUUGGCAUGAGCGACAUGCAGAUCAAGUGGUACAAGAACAUUCUCGAGAAGGAUAUUGAUGCUGUGAACGGCGCGGCUGGCAACAAGGAGAGCAAGACGCGACUGCUGAACAUUGUCAUGCAGCUGCGCAAGUGCUGCAACCACCCAUACCUCUUCGACGGCGCAGAGCCUGGCCCACCUUACACCACCGACGAGCAUCUGGUCGACAAUGCGGCGAAGAUGGUCAUGCUCGACAAGCUGCUCAAGAAGAUGAUGGCGCAGGGGUCGAGGGUGCUUAUCUUCUCGCAGAUGAGCCGUGUUCUGGAUAUUCUGGAGGACUACAGCGUCAUGCGAGGCUUCCAGUACUGCAGGAUCGAUGGUUCAACAGCGCAUGAGGAUCGUAUCGCGGCGAUCGAUGAGUACAACAAGGAGGGCUCGGAGAAGUUCUUGUUCCUACUCACGACUCGUGCCGGUGGUCUGGGCAUCAAUCUGACUUCUGCUGAUAUUGUGGUUCUGUUCGACUCCGAUUGGAACCCUCAGGCGGAUCUGCAAGCCAUGGACCGUGCUCAUCGUAUUGGCCAGACGAAGCAGGUGCAUGUCUUCCGCUUUGUGACUGAGGAGGCCAUCGAGGAGAAGGUUCUUGAGCGCGCUGCACAGAAGCUUCGUCUUGACCAGCUGGUCAUCCAACAAGGUCGUGCUCAGCAACAGGCCAAGCAGGCUGCUUCGAAGGACGAGCUCCUUGGUAUGAUUCAGCACGGUGCUGAGAAGGUGUUCGAGCAGAACGAAGGCGGUGGCGUCUUCGGCAAGAAGGGUGGGGAUAUCACUGAGGACGACUUCGACCAGAUCAUGCGUCACGGCGAGGACAGGACCAAGGAGAUGAACGCGAAGUACGAGAAGCUGGGUCUGGACGACCUACAAAAGUUCAGCUCUGACGCUACUGGCACCUACGAGUGGAAUGGCGAGAACUUUGUCAAUGCGAAGAAGAAGGAGAUUGGCAUGAGCUGGAUCAAUCCUUCGAAGCGUGAGCGCAAGGAGCAGAGCUACUCCAUGGACAAGUACUACCGCACUGCUCUCUCGACCGGCGGCCCACGCCCCGACCCCAAGCCCAAGGUCCCUCGCGCCCCCAAGCAGCAGGCCAUGCACGAAUACCAGUUCUUCAACCCCCGCCUCGGCGACCUGCAGGAGAAAGAAACCGCCUGGUUCCGCAAGGAGAACGGCAUCAAAGCCCCGCUUGCCGAGGGCGACGAAGAGAGCCUCGAGUCCCGCCUCGAAGACCAAGCGCUCGAGCAAAAGAUGAUCGACGAAGCCGAACCGCUGACCGAAACCGAGAUCGCCGAAAAGGACACCCUCGCAGAAGAAGGCUUCGGCGACUGGAACAAGCGCGAUUUCCAGCAGUUCAUCAACGGCAGCGCCAAGUACGGCCGCCACAACCACGACUCCAUCGCGCUCGAGGUCGAUAGCAAGGACGUCGGCGAGGUGAAGACGUAUGCCAAGGUGUUCUGGAAGCGGUACAAGGAGAUUCCGAACUGGGAGAAGCACGUCUCGGCCAUCAAGGAGGGCGAAUCGCGCACCGCGCGGGUGAAGGAGCAGCGGGAGCUGUUGAAGAAGAAGUUGAAGAUGUACCGUGUGCCGCUGCAGCAGCUGAAGCUGAGCUAUACGGUGAGCACGACGAACAAGAAGGUCUACACCGAGGAGGAGGAUCGAUUCUUGCUGGUGAUGCUGGAUAAGUACGGCUUGGAUUCUGAGGGGUUGUAUGAGCGGAUCCGAGACGACAUUCGAGAGUCGCCGCUUUUCAGGUUCGACUGGUUCUUCUUAAGCCGGACGCCGCAGGAGUUGAGCAGGAGGUGUGCGACGCUGAUUACGACGGUGACGAGGGAGAUGGAGGGAGGUGCGGCGGGGAAGGAGAAUAAGAGGGUGGUAGAGGAGGAAGAUGAGGAAGAAGAGGAGAAGCCGGCGGUGAAGAAGGGGCGAGUCAGCGGUGGUGGUGCGAAGAACAAGGCCGUCAAUGGUGUCAAGGGCACGCCUAAUGGCAACUCGCGCGCUGCGAGCGUGGAUACUGUCGACUCGGCGCCUGGUAGCAAGUCGAAGGCUAAAGGGCGGAAGAGGUAG